AUGCCCGACCCAAGCUCGACCAGAAAGCCAUAUUUCGGCCUCAAAGGAGGCUGGCUGACUUUUUGGAUGGCCAUUGCAUGUGCCACAGACAUGACCUUCUUUGGAUAUGACCAGGGUAUAAUCUCAACUGUGACUGCGGUGUACGAUGUUGGUUGCUUUUUCGGCGCCAUUGCCUUGAUGGUAUUAGGGGAGAGACUUGGUCGAAAGAAAUCUAUUCUAUGGGGAACCAUCAUCAUGUCCAUUGGCGCCAUACUCCAGAUUGCCGCCUACGGUGUCCCACAAAUGAUCGUUGGCCGUAUUGUUGCUGGGAUAGGCAACGGUAUUAAUACAGCUACGGCACCUAUGUGGCAGGGUGAAACAUCUCAAGCAAAAUGGAGGGGGAAGCUGGUGGUACUCGAGCUGGUCAUGUGCAUCGCCGGUUACUCUCUGUCCACUUGGAUGACCUUUGCCUUCUCCUUCCUUAGUGGACCAGUUACCUGGCGAUUCCCCCUUGCCUUCCAGUUUCACACCACAAUUACUGCUGCCGUCCAAUAUGGACAAGAGAACAAUAUUCCCUGGAAGUCCGUUGGCCUGUCUAAUCGUCUUGCACGUCUUCUCACCGCGUGUAAUUCGAUUUCUUAUCUUCUGUUUGGUAUCUUUGCUAUCCCCAAUAUUGAGCGAUUUGGUCGCCGCCAGAUAUUGAUGAUAUGCUCCCUGGGUCACGGUAUAUGUUAUCUCCUUAUCACUGUGUUGAUUUGCUUCAACGAGAUGGAGGAAUACGGCUCCAAGCAAAAGGUGGCCUCCGCUUCUGUUGCGUUCUUCUUUUGUUACUAUCUUUUCUUUGGUUGUGGCUUCCAGGGAAUCCCAUGGUUACUCCCUGUAGAGUUGAACUCGCUGACUAUGCGGACAAAGGGAGUCUCGAUUGCGACUGCCACAAACUGGGCGUUCAACCUUAUGUUAAAGUUCUACAUUAUUUGGACGGUUUUCAACUUUUCUUUCAUCCCGCUUAUUUACUGCUUCUAUCCCGAGACCGCAAAUCGCUCGUUAGACGACAUCGACCGUUUCUUUAUUGAGGACAAAGGAAUGUUUAUCAACAAUAACCCCGACGCUACGUCCGCGAACCGUCCAACCCGAUAUAUCGAGUGUGAGCUAGAUAUCAUGAACGCGCAGGAUAAGGCCGACGCUACCCACAUGGAAGUAGUUGUUGAGGGAAGGCCUGAACGGUAG